AUGAAAGCCAAGAAAUGUGAUUCAUUGAAAACGGCGUCGUCUUGGAGACAGUACCACGACGGAAGACCGAGAGGGCCCCUUUGGAGGGGAAAGAAACUCAUUGGCAAAGAAGCUCUCUUUGUGAUACUGGGGUUGGAGAGGUUUAAGGAUGACGAGGAUAAGCUUCACAAGUUCAUCAAAACUCACGCCCUCAGACUGUUGAAGAUGGACAUGAUAGCUGUUCUCAUUGAACUUGAGCGCCAAGAACAAGUUUCUCGCGCUCUCAUGAUGUUUAAGGUUAUGCGAAAGCAAGAUCUAUUAGGAAGUAAUCAUUGCAUUGGCAAGACUUAUACUGAAGGCAUAAGGGGCUUCUUGAACAAAGGAUCUCCUGCUGAUGCAAUGAACAUAUAUCAGGACAUGAAGAAUUCUCCGGUUCCACCUGAUGAGUGCCAUUCAAAAUUUUGUUGA